ACUCGGGGUCGCUUAAAAGUUUUAUUUGACAUCACUCAUGUGGUGGACGAUAGAUAGAAAUGGGUAAAAUUUAUUGUGAUAAGUGCCGUCGAAAAUGCCGCGGAGAUGUUUUGCGAGUAUCCAAUAAGUAUUUUCAUAAGGACUGUUUUAAGUGCGCAAAAUGUAACAAAAGCCUUGAACAUGGCGGAUUUUUCGUGAAGGAUGGUGGAUUCUAUUGUCAGGAUGAUUAUCGGCAUUAUUUUGUUGCAAAAUGCAAAAUUUGUUCGGAGGAUCUAAUUGGAGAAGUAGUGACAGCCCUCAACUUCUCUUUUCAUCGAGGUUGCUUCAAAUGUAAUAAGUGUCUGAUCACGUUCCGUCCUGGUGAUCGCGUUACUGUUUGGCAGGAGAAAUUCUAUUGUCCACAUUGUAUCAAUCAAGUAUGCUGUUCCGCAACUGUUGGUAGUGUUCCUAUUAAAAAUCUUCUCCAGACACCUUUGUCUGUUACUGAUGAUGAAGGUUGUGUCAGUGCCAGUGAUAUGGCAUCGUCACAGUAUAUCCAUGAGCAGCUAAUCGAGAUGAACCAACCGCAAAACGAUUUCUCGUGCAUUCCUUCUGCUGGACUUCCUCAAAAAUCAAGAUCUAUUCUUCGAAAACCUGUCAUAGAACAAAAUGGUCUUCAUGCAUCCAAGGAGAGAGGAUACUUAAGCACAGAUUCUGGUCUUGGAGAGCGUUUAUGCGAAUCAACCAAUCUGGAGGAUUCAAACUAUAAGCAUUUAUAUGAUAGAAACUCUGAUCAGGAUAAAACUAAUGUACGUCAGGAGAAAUCUCACACCCUGUCUUUCCAUCUGUCUAGACACAGUUUAUGUGGACGAGUACUAAGCUCUAACUAUGGUCGAUACUUAAAUCAAUCCUAUAUGCGAUUGAGUAAUCAGAUCCCCAUACCGAAUAAUGAUCGAUAUAAACGUAAUGUAUCCAGUACAACUUUAAACAGUUCGUCACAACCACGACAAUUUCACUUACCUGAUGGUGGUAAAAGUCGUUUUCUACCGCCUGGUACAAAAUUCUACUCAACAUUAUUUGGUCGUUCAGCUAGCAGUGCAAUCUCACCAUUGUAUAGUAAUAAUACAAGUACACCACGUUCAACUAAUACUACUAGUACUGCUACUAACAAUUGUCAUCCUGAUAUUAUUACAUCACGUUCUCUUAAUAAACCUUUUGCAUUAUCAGCUUUUAAUUUACAUGAUAAUAAACUUAAAACUGAUAAACUGUCAUUAUCGACAACAACAUCAGCAAAAAAAAUCACCAGAAUUUUAUCUAAUACCACUGAUGACAAUAAUAAUUACAAUGAUAACAUUAAUGGUGACCAUACCAGUCAAUUAACGUCGAAAUCAUAUCGAACAUACAUGAAUGAUAUUAGUCAAUCUGGUCCAAUUUUAUUAAAUGAUCGUAAUAUCACAUUGGAAACACGUAAAUUAGCUUGUUUACCGGCUGGACAAGAACGUGAUAAAAGUACGCCGAGGCCAAUUGAACGUUAUGAUUGGCCAGCGCCACCUGCUUCUGGUGUUGUUUUAGCGGAAUUGAUGCGUGAACGACGUCAACGACGUAGAGAACAAGCACGUUUAAGUGGUACACAGUUUUCUGGCGAUAUUGAUGAUUUAGAAAGUCAAGAAGCAUUGAGUAUUGAUUAUUCCUUUGAUGGUAUCCCUGAUACAAUUGAUCAUUCUGUUGAACAUAUAGGUAUUGGACAAGCAAUUCUACGGGAAGAAGCUGAAAGUAAACACCGAUCACGUUCACAAACCUAUCUAGAUCCAGUGUCAGCGUCUAGAACACCAAGUGCAUCGGUUGAACCGUCAUUUAAACCACGUUUUGCAACUCAUCAGUUUGCAUCUGCUUCUAGGCAUAUAUCAAGUUCACCUGCACGUUAUAAGCAUCCAAUCGGUUAUUCAAUGGAAUUUAUUCAUUUGGGUAACCGAAAUUGGACACUUGAUCGAUCACAAACAUUGACGAAUCGUGAUACAAUUAAUACGGGAGCAGCAACAGUAACAAUGAAUAUUCCUACUGAUCAUCAUCAGAAUAACGCAUCACGAUACAACACUAAUCCACCAAUUUUCACUCCUGGUAGUUCAAUUAAACCUGGCUACACUGGUGGUCAAUUAUCUUGCAACGAUCAAUUAAAGAAUAAAAUAUUAUCAAUGAAUUAUUCAACUUCAUCAUUGUCAGUUGGAAAUGGGGGUAUUAGACAACAAUCUACCAAUCAAAUAUUGUUAAAUAAAUCUAAAGGUGUAAUGCUGAAUCGUCAUUCUAAUCUUUCACAUCAAUUGGAUGUGAAUGGAACGAAAUUGUUAAACGGCAAUCUGCAACUAAGCAAACCUGAUCAUACUCAAUCAAAUACCAGUGAUUCACUACGAAUUUAUUCACCAACAUCCGAUCAUCGCAAUAAAUCAAUACAUACUACUAGUAUACUUCAUGGAGUUAAACAUAGUAGUACUACUACUUCGAUACUAAAUGGUCAUUCAUCACAAUAUCUACAACAGCAUAAUCUGAUAAAUUCAAUCAACGGUAAAGAUUUCGAUGCUGAUCGUCGUUUGAUUGAAUCUAGUUCAAGUCAUCCCACUAUUCAGUUUUCAUCAUCAUCACCAAGUGCUAUAUCUCAUAAGAAAUCAUCUUUACCUCAAUUGAUACCAUAUGAAAAACUGAAAGAAUAUAAAGGGAUUUAUCCCAAAGGAAUUGAUCGUACAGCUGUAGAGACACAUUUAUCCGAUGAAGAAUUUCAACAGGUUUUCGCUUUAUCUCGAACAGCAUUUUAUCGUCUUCCGGAAUGGAAACGUAAUGAUUUAAAGCAUAGAGCUCAACUUUUCUAAUUCUACUACUGACUAGUCAGUCAAUAGACUAAUUAAUUCAUUUUAUGAAGAAGAGGAAACAAUAAGUCAACAUACAUUAAAACAACAAAAUAUUUUGGAAAAAUAACAAGAAAGAUUUAUUCCUUUACUAGUUUGGUAAGUCUCCGUCACCAGACUUUCUUAUGAAAUUUAUACAGGAAUCCGUUUGUUUGCUUGUUUGUGUCUAGUUGUCCGAUUUCAUUCUGUUUAAAACCAAAUUAUUCAAUCUAUCAAUAUAAAAAAGUAUCAAUACAUUUGCGGUUAUUUCGGUCUUUCUUAAUUUCUUCAUCCCUUACCUAUUUUUAUGUAUUAAUCUUCAGCAAUUAAUUGUUUAUUAAUAGAAAAAGACGAAAAUAAUGAGCUUCGUUAAAAUAAACAAAUAAAUAGCAAUUCAUUAGACAUUGAUCACUCUUUCGAAAAUGUUUCAUUUCGACUUCGUGGCACCAGUUACCUUAAAACUGUAUAUUUAUUCAUUUUACCUUGGAUCUCUCUCUUUGUGUGCAUAUAUAAACAGCAUUUCGGUGUUUGAAUGAGUAUAAGUGUAAAUACUUAAGGGUAUUUUCCUUUUUAUUCCCCAUUAACUUUUAACAUUAUACUCAGAUUGCAUACCUAUAGAACACUUUCGUUUUCUGUGUGUAAUGUUUACAUUCCCAUAAACAAUUUUCGCACACAUGCACACAAGUUCACUGAAAUAAUUCUUUUCACUUGUUGAUUCAUUUUAUUGUUUGUUUCUGAAUUAUGAUUUAUGUUAAAUAAUCCAUGUGUCAUUCAUAACACGUCAGCAGCAUUUUUGUUUAACCAUGUGAAAAGAAAAAUUGUUCUGAGUCUUUCAUUUGUUUUUCUACUCCACAUAAAUACAGAAUAUGGGUGCUUGUUCAAUUUAGAUUGAUCACUCUUAAAACAAAUCUUCACAAAGACACAUUUAUAGAAUGUCAGGGAAUAUCAACAUUUUCUGUUCCAAUAUAAAUCCAUACAAUACAUCCCUCAUAAUAUGCAUGCAUAUGAUUCGUCAUAUUUUUAUUCCUCCUCAUCAACAUCAAACUGUGUGAUUAUACAUAAAAAACAUGAGUAGAAUAUUGCACAACUAAAUCUUUUCUAUUGUUGUGACAAUUUUCCACCUCACUAUUUUCCUAAUCACCGUUCAAAAUAGUUAAACAACUUUGAAGUUAUCAAUACCACUGACUGAUAUGACUUGUCAUUUCGAUCAUGAUCUAUUUAUAACAGUAACAGUUACCGUUUACCAUAUCUAAAAAAAUGUUCUAUUGUUAUUCACCAUUAACAACGGCUCGGCAUCAAGUAUGUCUUCUUUUUUUAAAGAAGAGUUAUCUAGUUCAUUUGCAAAAGAAAUUUGUGUGUAUUUUCCUUUCUAGAGAAGUUUGUUUUUAUUUAACUACUUUUUAUCCGUGAGCGUAAAACUCAACAUAACAGUUAGCUUGCUUACAAUUAAAACAUCUGUUACACGUGUAUCUAUAUGUAUCUCUGUAUACAUACACACGUACACUCAUAUAUAAACUUGGAUUUGUCAACUUUGUUUGUUUGUGUUUUGCUAUCCAUAUACUUUAUUCUUUCUUCGUUUCUAUAUAAAAUCACACCCAUUAUUUUCAACAUACAAAGUUACGCACAAUCCAAUAAAGAAACCUAAUAUUUAUCAGUUUUACCCAAAAAUUACAAUAACAAUACGAAAUAUGAAAAAGUGUACAUUUUGUUUUACUUUAUGCUAUUGUAGUAAAAUUAACCUUCUUUUGUACUUUUCCCCCUCACCCACCUUCUUUAUUUCAUAUCUUCUCGAUAAUUGUUUUUUUGUUUGAAAUAAUACAUCGUGAUAAAAAACGGGUUAGUAUAUACAAGACGAGCUUAAAACAGUUGUGCAAAAUUUUCAACUAACUCUUAGUCCAUUUUAUAAGCAAUGAUGGAUGGUGGUUAGCAGUGGAGUCUAGGACGCGCGUUUCAUCCUAUUUGGGACUCGUCAGCUGCAUGUACCUGCAUCCCAGCGUUGAUGUUCACUCUGGGACUCAACCGUUUUGUUUCCUAGGUUUCUGAUUAGUUGAACACGUUUGUUCUUCAUGCUAUUCUACAUUUUACGUUAUUUCAUUAUUAUCUCUCUCAUUCCAUGUUAACCAUAUUUAUUUUAAUCAUUUGUCACACAAUUUCAUUUAACGUAUAAACUUAUUGAAGUCAACACUUCACACUAGUCAUUGCAGCAUCAUAGAUCUUAUUUUAUAGUCCUAAAUUCACAUGCUAGAAUUUUUAAACGGUGUAUUUUACCCCUACGCCCCACCCUCUUUUACCGGGGCUUGGGAACGGCAGUAACCAUAGAAGAGCUACAGGUGAAGUUAUAACUCUAGAGUACCUGAAAAGAAUUUAUUAAAGAGGAUAUUCUUCGUCCAUA